UCCUGCGCGGCUGUGGCCCGGGGACCGCGAGCGAUGCGCGCCUUUGUCUCCCAGUGACGCGAAGGGCUCUUCCUGCAUUAGCUUUCCGGCUCCCAUGGGAACCACCGAGGCCACACUCCGAAUGGAAAACGUGGAUGUGCAGGAGGAAUGGCAGGACGAGGAUCUUCCCAGGCCGCUCCCGGAGACAGGGAUGGACCUGCUGGGCAGCCCCGGGGAAGACGCGUGCUCCCCGCCCAGCUCGCUGAACUUCGGAGGAGGAGCUCAUCGGAAGAGGAAGACGCUGGCGGCCCCGGAGAUCAACAUCUCCCUGGACCAGAGCGAAGGCUCCCUGCUGUCUGACGACUUCCUGGACACCCCUGACGACCUGGACGUCAACGUGGAUGACAUCGAGACCCCGGAUGAGACCGACUCGCUGGAGCUCCUGGGAAACGGGACCGACCUGGAGUGGGAAGAUGACACCCCUGUGGCCACCGCCAAGAACAUGCCCGGGGACAGUGCGGAUCUGUUUGGGGACGGCACGGCAGAGGACGGCGGGACGGCCAAUGGGCGGCUGUGGCGGACAGUGAUCAUCGGGGAGCAGGAACACCGCAUCGACCUGCACAUGAUCCGGCCGUACAUGAAGGUGGUCACGCACGGAGGGUACUACGGGGAAGGCCUCAACGCCAUCAUCGUGUUUGCUGCCUGCUUCCUCCCGGACAGCAGCGCCCCAGACUACCAUUACAUCAUGGAGAACCUCUUCCUGUAUGUGAUCAGCAGCCUGGAGCUGCUGGUGGCCGAGGACUACAUGAUCGUGUAUCUGAAUGGCGCCACCCCCCGGCGGAGGAUGCCGGGCAUCGGGUGGUUGAAGAAGUGUUACCAGAUGAUUGACAGGAGACUGCGGAAGAAUCUGAAGUCCCUGAUCAUUGUUCACCCAUCGUGGUUCAUCCGGACCGUGCUGGCCAUCUCCCGCCCCUUCAUCAGCGUCAAGUUCAUCAAUAAGAUCCAGUAUGUGCACAGCCUGGAAGAGCUGGAGCAGCUCAUCCCCAUGGAACAUGUGCAGAUUCCGGACUGCGUCCUCCAGUAUGAAGAGGAAAGACUCAGAGCCAGGAGAGAGAGCUCCAGGCCCCAGCCAGAGUUCGUCCUGCCCAGGUCUGAAGAAAAGCCAGAGGCGGUGCUGGAGGAAGACAGAUCUGGGCCAGUCACAGAGGAUCAGGAGACGAGCAUGUCCUGAGGUGGCCGGAUCAAAGAGAAGGACACAAAGGAAGAUUCGAGAUGCCAAGAAACCUCUGUCAGAGAACUCAUCCCACCUCAUCCUGAGUCCUGCUCGUCCCACGGGACCGGUUUUCCUCCAUCCACCUCGGACAUUUCAGCAUCCCUGCUAGCUGCUUGGAAACAUUUUUUUAUUGUUUUUGCUUUUGUCUUUGGUACCGGGGAUCGAACUCGGGACCUUGU